UGAUUCCGCAGCUUAAACAGCCCCUUCAGUUUCCAACACACAGAUCUCGGCAACUGCACUGAUAUUUUCCGUAGCAGACCCAGAUUCUUCAGCAAAUGCAGAAAUUGCGGCACACAGCAUCUUAGCAGCAGGCAAGCUGGUGCAAAGGAGUGGAAACUGCUGAUUAAAGCUGCUGAGUUUUCAAGUUGGUGUCCUGUCAGCCAGAUUGUUGCGACUUUGAGACCUUGCUUUUUGCCACUGCAUAGAAAGGGACUUUCGCAGGAGAAAAGCAUGGUGAGGAAAGCCAGGAGGAGUGCUUCUAAAUGGGAUAGUGGGAUGCCGAUGGUCCCGCUUAAGCCCCGUGAGUUAGGAAAUGUAUGGAUGGUAUUUUUGUGUUGUCUAUGUCUUGAAAAAGCUGACAUUGCAUCUGUAGCCUUUGUGAAAGUUAUUCUCCUAUAGGUUGCUGACUCAAUGUAAAUAUUUUUUCUUCAACAGUUGACAUCUUUGUCUCUAAUUUGACCCUCGUUUUUGUGAAGCAAGGUUGUACUCAGAUAUUUAUAUUGUUGCACUAUUUGUACGUGUGUAUGUGUGUCCGCAUAUAUGUGCAGUAUGUGCAUGUUGUUCUUGUCUGCUUUGUUUGUCGGCACUUCAAGCCGUGGGGUUUUAGGGAAUGUUUACGUUUCUCCCCAGCUCUGUUUAAGUCAUUAGCCAUGAGGUGAAUUCAUACAAGACAGAAAUCAUGUUGUUGAUCUAACAGAUGUUUGGCUUUACAGGGUGAGGCCACCUAGCACUAAAACUGUAGGAAAAUGUGGGAAAAGUGGUGGUUGCAUUUUUAGAUUACUUGCAGAAAAUGAUUCUACCUAUGACUCAUUCGUAAAAUUAUGUCUGCGUGAGAACAAGUGAAUAACUAUAGUGACAGUUUGCUAACCUACAACUUAAGUAAAGUUAGUUACAUUACUUGCUGUGUCUGUGUUUGUGGUAUUGGAAUUCUCCAGAAUCGCAUACCUGACCUUUAAGAGUACUCCACCAAUGAAGCAUUGUGCUCCUAUGACAUUGUCGGACUCACGAUGGACAGAUUUUUUUUUAAAAGCAUUAAAACCAAUGCAGCAGAACCAGAGAGAUCGUCUUUUUUUUAUCCUUUGUCAAAACCUGGCACCUACAUUACCCAAAAUGCAAAUCGAUUGCCGACUUUUUGCUUGGCAGAUUCAGGUGUGUUAUACUAGUUGGGAUCAAUGUAGCCUCAAGCAGAGGUAAGGAGUGUACAGUGGUCAGGUAAGUGAAAUUUCUUUCAUCGUCAAACCAGCGAGCUGGCUAACCAGCUGAUGCAGAUUUCCUGCAGUCCCCUCUGGAGCCACUAAAAAUUUUAUACAACUUAUUUCACAUGCAGUAAACUACAUAAUCUACAUACGAUCUUUAAACAGACUGUGAUGAGUAAAAUUUGUGGAUUUCUCCUUUUAAUUUGGCAGAAAAAACAAGGAAAACAUGAAAAGGACCAUGUGUUCCAUUGAGUGAUUUCUUAAGGGAUUUUCUACGUUAAACACAUAUUUUUCGGGCAUUUUUUAGAGUCAAUAUCUGAUGAAUACACCUCUAAGUUAAGGGAAAAGUAUAUUUGAUACACUAGAUGCUUUCAGUCUCGGUACUCUGUGAUUGGCUUUAUGUGAAAACACAAUGAAUCAGUGUCUCUAAAUUAGACUCAGAAAGCAAUCUGUCCCCUUGUUUGACCCUCUUGUGCACUUUGAGAUGUGCACUUCUGCAACCCUAUGGCUCUCAUGUUUAUCUCUCAAGGUUUACGACGCUGAUAACCUCGUGCGUGCCCUCACAGAGUAAAGUCAAAGCCCCCCACCUGCACACAACUCAUACACGCAGAUGCAAGCUUUCAUGCCCAUGUACACACACAUGGAAGCAUACGCAAUCGACAUCUCUUGCCCAAACCUGUCUACUAAUACAAGCACAGUGAGCUUGUAUUAGUAGAUAAUGACUAACAUGGGAGACAGAAUGGUGUCUAUUAGCUUGUUUUGUCUGAAUUGUAUCUUUUAUACAACUGAUUGACAUAGAGUCUAAAUUGCCACAUUCUAUUAAGCAACAGUAUCUUUCUUUCAGAGGUCUCAUUAGAAUUAAGUCUUUCAGUAAGUUGGUAAGAAUGGGGUCUUUUGAGUAGUGCAAACAAGAAUAGGGUCUUUGAAUGGAUACAGUCAGUGAAUGGUUAAAUUGGGAUGCAGGCAGUGUUUGAAUGGGCUGGUCAGAAUGGAGGCUUUGUACUUUUAGUCCACAUCUCCUGAGAUAAGGCAGACGAAGAGCCAGAGCUUUGUUGGCCUAGGUAAAUGAGCACUGGGCAAAGGGCUAGGAGCUGCAUUUCCUACCUAACCAUGGACACAGCAUGGCAUGUCCUAACUUAGCAAGCAUGACAUUUUCCUGUUUCUGAGUAGUCUCACAGAGUCAUAACUUUUAGAGUCCCUUUUAGGGUUGAGGUCAGAGUCCUACAUUAGCAGGUUGGAGGCAUUUCUAUUCAACCAGGAGGGGUCAGGUAAUUGUCCUUUUUAGGGGAGGGAUAAGGUUAGAUGAGGGAACAGCGAGGGCGGAGUAGAGUGCUACACUGUAGCUUUUGUCUACAGGGAAGGUAACCUGAGGUCGCAAUAGGAAGUCCUCACAGUUAGUGAGUGACGUCCAGCACGCUGUAGAGCACCUGCAGCCUGACAGAGAGUGAGAGGCUGAAUACGGAGUCCGGUGAAUGGUGGAGUCAGAAUGAGAGGGAAAUUGUUAUGGUGAUACAUUUUGCAAAGCUGCAUGGAACAAGAGGAGAAGAGGUGUGAACAAGAAGCAGACUGGGACCGCAAGAUGGGGGGAGAGGAGAUGUCAGAUUCAGGCUUCUUGGUGGAGGAGGAUGUUGAGGCUGAGUUAGGCUCUGGGUUUUGCAUGGAAGUGGAGCUGAUUUUAGCAGGACAGGUGAGUGUAGGCUCAGAUAAACACCAAGAUAGAGAGGAGUUGGACUGGUUUGUGAUUGCAAGUCAAACUCAAGAGGAAGAUGAGAUGGAGGCUGAUUCGGGGUCAAUGAAGAAUGCAGAGACUGAAGCAGAGAUGGAUGAUCAAACUGAGGAGGUCAAAGAAGAAGAGAUGAAGGGAGCAUUGGAUGUGUUUUUAUGGCCAGUAGAGGAGAGUGGCCGUCAUGUGCGGAUCUCUCUGGAGGAGGUGGAAAGAUACUACAGAUUUUCCUGCUGCUGCCACUGGCUGGUGGAUGAGAUCAUGCAGCUGGAUAGCAGCCCCCUCCGUGCUGCUGACAUCACCCCCGACCUCAAGAAGCAGUUUGCCUUCCUUUCAGGAGGUAGAGGAGAUAAUGGCAGCCCCAUCAUUGUGUUCCCAGAAUUUCCUUCGUUUGGAGAGAUCACAGACAGAGAAUUUCACAACGUGCUGACAUACCUGACUAGCGUGCCCAGUUUAUCUUCAACAGACGUGGGAUUCAUCCUGGUGAUUGAUCGCCGGCAAGACCGAUGGGCGGCCGUCAAAGGGACCCUGCUUCGUAUCGCAGGCUCCUUCCCAGGGAACCUCCAGCUGGUACUGGUUCUGAGGCCCACUACCCUCCUGCAGCGUACACUCUCCGACAUCCUCUUCAAGUUCAACAAGGAUGAGUUCAAGAUGAAGGUGCCGGUGAUUAUGCUGAGCUCAAUAACUGAGCUGCACUCCUACAUCGACCGCACCCAGCUGACCCAGGAACUCGGGGGGACACAGGAGUACUGCCAUGAGAAGUGGAUCUCUCACCGCACUGCUAUUGAAGGCUUUGCGUUGUUGGUAAAGAAAACAGCACAGACUCUGCAGUCAUUUGGCACCGAGCUUGCUGAAACCGAACUCCCCAAUGAAAUCCAGGCCACAAACAUCCUGCUGGGCACACACACCAACAAGAAAGACAAAAUGAAGGAGGAUCUGCUGGUGGCUCUGGGUCAGGGCAGCAGACUGCUGGAGAGCAUCAAUGAGCCUGUAGUGCGAAACCCCGACCACAACAUGAACCAGGAUGAAAUGGAGAACAUGGCUACAGUGCAAAGACUGCUGUCUCAGCUGGACGAGACAGAAAGGGCUUUCGAUGAGUUCUGGGUGAGGCAUCAGACCAAACUGGAGCAGUGUCUCCAACUGCGCCACUUUGAGCACAACUUCAGAGAGGUGAGGGCUCUGCUGGAUCAGGUGUCUGAGAAACUUGCAACCUUCUCUGAGGUGGGAAUCAGCCCAGCCCACGUGGACCACAUCUUUUGUGAACUCACCACCUAUGAGGAGAGAGUCUGUGAGGUGCUGGAGAGAGCCUUGUCGUUGGCCCGUGAGGGUGAUGAACUGAUCCAGAACUUACACUAUGCCGAGGACUCCAUUCAACCCAAAUGCAGCGAGCUCAGAGCAGUCAAUGAGAAUGUUAGCAGCAACCUGAGGGCCAAGAAGGACCACCUCCUCAAAGCUAAGGAGCUACACCACUGUUUGGAAAGGGCUUCUAAAUGGGUUGAUGAUGGUAUAUACCUGCUGGCAUCUCAGCCUGUAGACAAGUGUCAAUCACAUGAGGGGGCAGAGUUAGCCCUGCAGGAGCUAGAGCGUUACCUGGAUAAUGCAGGCCAGAACCAACUGACAGACCUCAAUACCAUUUGGAGUGAAUAUGAGGCGGUGCUCAACCAGAAGUUCAGGGACCAAGUGGAGAAGGUUUUCCAGAAGCAGGCGUCCAUGCAGGAGAUGUUCGACAAGAGGAGGGUCAGUCUGAAGAAGCUAGCAGCCAAACAGACCAGGCCGGUGCAGCCGGUAGCCCCCAGACCUGAAGCCUUCAUAAAAUCCCCUCUCAGCUCACCUGCACACAGAGCACAGCAGGAGAAAAACUGCUCAGAGACAGACUCUGGGAACGACUGUGAGAAAGGAAAUGGCCAACUGCAGAACGGAGACAGUAACGGCAGACAUGCCUCUCUGUCAGAGGAGGAGGAGAACCUGGCGGUGCUCAGGAGGCACGUCAUGAACGAGCUCCUGGAAACUGAGAGAGCCUACGUGGAGGAGCUGCUCUGUGUAUUACAGGGAUAUGCCUCUGAGAUGGAUAAUCCAGCAAUGGUCCAUCUCAUACCCACUCCUUUGCAGAACAAAAAGGAGGUUCUGUUUGGCAACAUGCCAGAAAUCUACCACUUCCACAAGAGGACAUUUCUGAGGGAGUUGGAGCAGUACACCGACUGCCCAGAGCUAGUUGGAAGGUGUUUUCUAGAGAGGAUGACAGACCUGCAGAUCUAUGAGAAGUACUGUCACAACAAGCCUCGUUCUGAAAGCCUUUGGAGGCAAUGCUCAGACUGUGCCUUCUUCCAGGAGUGUCAGAAAAAACUGGAGCAUAAACUGGGCUUAGAUUCAUAUCUGCUGAAGCCUGUUCAGAGGAUUACCAAAUAUCAGCUGCUACUGAAGGAAAUGCUGAAGUACAGUAAGAGCUGUGAGGGGGCCGUUGACCUGCAGGAGGCACUGACAUCCAUCUUAGGCAUCCUCAAAGCUGUCAAUGACUCCAUGCACCUCAUCGCCAUUACAGGAUAUGAGGGUAAUCUGAGUGAGCUGGGUAAGCUACUGAUGCAGGGGUCAUUCAGCGUGUGGACUGAGCACAAAAAAGGUCAUGCCAAAGUUAAGGAUCUGGCCCGUUUCAAGCCUAUGCAGAGGCACCUCUUCCUCCACGAGAAGGCCCUGCUUUUCUGCAAGAGGAGGGAGGAGAAUGGGGAAGGCUAUGAGAAAGCUCCCUCAUACAGCUUCAAACAAUCUAUGAAUAUGAGUGUUGUUGGCAUCACUGAGAAUGCAAAGGGAGACAACAAGAAGUUUGAAAUCUGGUGUAACUCCAGAGAAGAGGUCUAUAUUGUUCAGGCACCAACGGCUGAAGUAAAAACCACUUGGGUAAAUGAGAUCAGGAAGGUUCUGACUACCCAGCUGGAAGCGUGCAGAGCCAGCCAGCAGAGGGCACCGGAGCAGGUUUUCCAGUUCCCUCCUGUGCAAAGUGGAUCAGUGAGUCUCAGUCCAUUCAAGUCCGGACAGAAGAGCUUUAAAAGGGGAGAGGAGAAGAAAGCAGAGCCCUGUAGCCCAGAUGCCAACUCCUCUUCUUCACCAAAGCCCACUGGAAAAGAUGAGGCUGUGACAAGCCCUACCUCAGACAGAGCUGCUGUGGCUAAAAAGCGCUUUACUUUACAGGGCUUCAGUAACCUCAAAGCACAGAAAGAGCCCUCAUCUACUGAUGAUAAAAGUUUUACAUUACCCAUGACGAUCCUGCCGUCACCAGGAUCUCCCACAAGCCCUGAUCACAAGACGAAACGCCAGAGCGAUCCCACGCCAUUCGGCUUCAAAGAUGCAGGUCCUCCCCCUCUAUACCUGAGCAGGACCAGGUGGUUCAGCACCUCUAGUCUCUUACAGACAAAGUGGAGAGGCUGGAACAAGGCGUCCCUGUCGCUGGAUGCCUCAGAGGAGCAUGACGGCUACUCCAGUGCCGAGGAUCCUCUUAACUCUGACCCAGAGGACGACAACGGCAAGAAGCUGUGUGCUGGCAAAUAUACAGUGAUGGCUGACUAUGAGAAGGGCGGCGCUCAAGAGCUCUCAGUGAAGAGCGGCGAAAUGGUGCAGGUGAUCAAGGAGGGGGAUGACGGACAGUGGCUUGUACGUAACCUGACCUCUUCUAAAGAGGGCUGGAUGGCAGCUGCUAACCUUAUCACACUCCUUGGAAAGUCCAAGUCGUGCCAGUCUCUCACCAGCUCAGAAGGCAGUGGUUCUGGAAACCUCAGCACAUCAUCCAGCUGCAGUGAGACCUACACAAGCUUCUCUGACAUCAAACCCUGAACUCCUCCGCACUUCCUCCAUCACCAAACUGCCCACAAAUGCUAGCUUGUUUCCACAGAAAGCUGUAUUUUUCAUGUACAUGCACCAGUUAUUAAGAUAAUGUUAUACAUGUGCACAUGUUAUAGAUUUGAUUGUGGAGCAAUUGUGCGGUGAAGAUAAAUACAUCACAGACAGUAUGUCUGUGAAGGUUCUCAGUCAUAGUUAUCCAAAGAAGGUUAAAGUCAAGGGCAAUUGGACUUGGUUGAAGAUACUUGAAGACGUUUCGUCUCUCAUCCAAGAGACUUCUUCAAUUCUGAAAUGACUGGAAGGGAAACUCAGCUCAGGACGACCAGGUGCACAUUUUAGAAAGAGCAUGGAUGGUUUGAAAAAGGUGUCAAGGAAUCCAUCUAUACCCGGUUUGAGAAGCUGUCACUGAACAAAGGAGGAGGUCUACGCCCCACUUACAAUGCUGUCCUUUGAUGAUCAUUCACACUUGGCCAUGGGUGGUUCUGACGACCAUAACGACUGUCAUUACCACAGCCAGGAGCACUAACGAACACAGCGGUAUCGACGAUCCUGGCAAACAAUCCCACCGUGGUCAAAUAGCUGAGUUUCCCUACCAGUCAGUCAGAACUGAAGAAGUCUCUUGGAUGAGAGACGAAACGUCUUCUAGUAUCUUCAACCAAGUCCUCAACAAGUCCAGCCCUUGACUUUAACCUUCUUUGGAAUCACAGACAGUAAUUUCACAGUAUAGUAAAGUGAUCUUCCUCUAGUCAUACACUUGUCUGUAUAUUUUUUAUGAAGAACAGAGAAAUCCCUGAGAUUAUAAUACAAUAGAUGUAUGAAUGGGCCAGCAGGACUGAUCUCAAUGCAUCUUUGAAAGUGGAGAAAGAUUUGUGAUCACAUGUGGAUGACAGUUUUGUUCAUCUGCAUUAAUUCACCCGGAAGUUUAAUUCCACUGUUGCUGUAAAUAAAAAAAGAGGGAGAGACAUAAAUACUUGUUUAGCUUGAAUGAAUGUUUUCUGAGAAUCUAAUCACCCCCUGUCCUCUGCUUUUUCCGCUUUACGUGUGUUUAUUUAUUUGUAAAAAAAAAACUGAAAAGGCCACAUAUAUGUAGUCUCUUUAAUUUGCUUCUCAUCUCUUCCUGUCUGUCAUUAGAAACCUGUUCUGCCACCAGCUGCCCAGAUUUUGUGUAUGAGCUUUUGCAGUCUCUGGUGGCCCAAUGGUCAAACUCUGUGGGGUUUUCAUGUACACUGCAGUUUCUCCUUGUGAUUAAUCAGUGAUCACUGUAUAGUGCUAACUUAUUCCCUGAGGAGGGAUCGUGUUCUGAAUGUAGAUAUUGUUCAUUAAUAUCUGUCGGUCAUCAAAUGUUUGUUAUCUGAGAUGCUAUAUUGUACAUUAAGUAUGGUGAUGUCACUUUUUUACAUAAACAACUUUGAUUAUUCA